AUGCCUGUUUCUAUCAACACCCAUGAAAUACAAUGCGACUGUAAUUUAGAAGAUAAAAGUUUCUUCACUCGUAGCUAUCGGCAGUUUGUCCCAUCUCGUGUCUCUACAUCAUGCAAUAGAGCUACCACUUGACUUUUAAAAUGUAAUCCUCCUAGAAAUGCUGAAGAAAUUUACCAAGAACUCUUACUCCCCCCCUAUGAGUGAACAAAACCAUUAGAAAAAUCCCUAUUUUUUGCCCUCCGUUAGUGAACAAAAAUUUUUUUGUGAAAAAAAAUUUGAAAUAUAAGCGAUAAUUAGUAUAAUGAAAUCUCAAGCUAAUUCUGUUUAAUUUUAAACAAAUUGCGUUUAAAAACAUAAAUUUUAUAAAUUAAAUUAAUAUUUGCUUCCAAUUUUUGCAAAUUAAAAUUUCGAAAAAAAAUUUUUUCUAUAAAAUUUAUAUAAAAAAAAAUUAACCCCUCUUCGUAAGUGAACAAAAAAGUUCUGUUCACUCACGGAGAGGGAAGAUAGAAUCUCCUCUAGAAACCCAGCAAUACAAAGACAGCACCAAACAAAUCGAGCUCGACUUAGCUCGCACCUACCCUGACGAACAAUAUUUUUCAGAAAACUCCAAAGGCCAGGCAGCUUUGCGAAGAGUUCUCUAUGCUUUCAGCAAGUACGACCAUUAUCUUGGCUAUGUCCAAGGGAUGAAUUUUAUUGUUGCAGCUCUGCUUUGGCAUUCCAGCGAAGUUGAUGCAUUUUGACUUUUCAUUGGGCUCAUGGAAGAAUACGAGUUACGGGAUAUUUUCUUGCCCAGACUCCCAGGACUAUCAAAACACUGUCAAAUAAUUCAGCUUCUCAUCCUAGAUUUACUCCCAAACGUCCACAGGCAGUUUGCUGAGCAUAGGAUAAGCUCAGAAAUGUAUGCAACUGACUGGCUUUUUACGAUGUUUGGCAGUGUAGUUCCUGUAAGAGAGAUGGUCAACAUCCUUGACCAGUUUUUUAGGAAAGGCUGGUCUUUUAUAUAUAGAUUUGUGAUUGCGAUUUUAAAAUGCCUAGAAGAGACAAUUCUUCAGGCAAGGGACUCAAUUGAAAUUUUGGGGCCUCUGAAAAUUACGCAUCAGAGCCAGAGGGAGUGGAAGCAUUUUUUGGAGCUGCUGGAUGGAGGAAAAGGAAAAAUCGGCUGGGAAGAAUUGAUUGAGAGAUCAAGAACAGUUGAUAUUGAUGAAAACUAUAUUAAAUUGCUGCAUAGAAAUUUCAACGUUGAAACAGGGCAAUUUAACUUGAGGUAA